AUGGGCCUUUGCAAAUGUCCUCAACGCAAAGUGUCCACUUUAUUUUGUUUUAAACAUCAUGUUAACGUUUGCGAAUCAUGUCUUGUUAAUGAACAUGCUCAAUGUAUUGUACGCUCAUAUGUAUCUUGGUUACAAGAUAAUGAUUUUAAUCCAAACUGUUCUUUAUGCAAUCGAUCAUUAAGUGAAACUGAUGAAGAAACCAUACGUCUUGUUUGUUAUGAUUUAUUUCAUUGGUCAUGUCUUAAUGAAUAUUUUCGUUCAUUUCCAAAUCAUACAGCACCUGAUGGAUAUACAUGUCCAACAUGUCAUACAUGCGUUUUUCCACGUGCAAAUCUUGUUUCACCGGUGGCUGAUCAUUUACGAGCAAAAUUAUCGACAGUUGAUUGGGCAAAUCGAUUGCCAAUGUUGUCAUUGAACGAUUCAAAUUUAAAUCAAGAUAAACAACCAUUAUUAACAGAAACUGAAAAUAAUGGUUAUGUUAUUGUUAAUCCUAAAGUUAGUGGUACAAGCGGAGGAACAAGUGGAUUAUCACAUCAUCCACAUCGUUCAACUGAUAUGCCACCAGGAACAACAAUACUAACAACAAGACCAUCCAAUAUGGAUUCAGAAGACGAAGAUAAAUAUAAACGUCGUAGUAUUUUUACAUGGUUUGCUCGAUGGUUACGUUCUCGACAGCCAACUAAUCGAAAAGGUGGUCUAUUAACCAAUAAUCGAACGCAAAUGUCUCGUACUCGUUUUACAAUCUAUAUGAUAUUAAUCAUUUUAUUUGUUUUUGUUACAAUUAUAACAGUUUUAUAUCAUUUAACACGUGGUGAUGAUAAUGAACAUUUAGAUCGUAUCAAUGAUCCACAAUUUAAUCCAUUGAAUAAUCCAUUCAUUCGUGUUGGAAAUCGUUUAUUAAAAAAUCCUUUAAAAGAUUCCGAUGCAAUAAUCAAUAAAGAUCAAUCACAGUGA